GCGGGACGAGGCGGGCUGUGAUCCUGUAGCGCCUCUACCUUGUACAAUGAGCUGCCCUGGUGUGAACGGCUGCUCACUAACCCGCCUCCGCUAGCGCAGUUAACUUGGUCUCCCCUCGAACACUACCCAUCUAGUAUCCUCUCUGCAACAAAAAGAACACAUUUUUGCCACCCAUCAGAGAAGGGGGAUGGAUCUCCGUUCAAUUUGUGAGCGGUUGCUUACGAUGUAGAGAGAGAGGGAGGGAGUCUUCUGUCUUAUUAUUCCCCGUGAUGUACCAGCCGUGCCUGUACAGAGGGACGAAGCAAUCGGACUGCCGCUGCCCAAGCGCUCGGUCCUCCAACGAGUAGUUUUCCAUUCAGCCCCGUGUUUCCAAGUUGUAUCGUUCACACACACACCCUCAAGCAAUUUCAGGAGUACAUUGUUCCUAGCAACUGUUAUGGCCGUGAGACACAAGCGGCGAAGGAGAUGUUAGCUUCCAAGUCCUGCUCAGCUCUCCUCGUGUUGAAUCAACUGAGGAAUGCCAGCGGCUCGGUUCCUUCUUAAAUGUAUCAGAGGUGAGAGAGGAUGGGAGCGAACAGUUCUUCAAAGCGGCCAGUUUUUGAUGAGAAAGAAGAUGUGAAUUUCGACCACUUUCAAAUACUACGUGCAAUUGGGAAAGGAAGCUUUGGCAAGGUGUGCAUCGUGCAGAAGCGGGACACGGAGAAAAUGUAUGCUAUGAAGUACAUGAACAAACAGCAAUGUAUCGAGAGAGAUGAGGUCCGGAAUGUCUUCAGGGAACUGGAAAUCCUGCAAGAAAUUGAACACGCUUUCCUAGUAAAUCUCUGGUAUUCCUUUCAGGAUGAAGAGGAUAUGUUCAUGGUGGUUGACCUCCUCUUGGGUGGCGAUCUUCGCUAUCACCUUCAACAAAAUGUCCAGUUUACAGAGGAUGCAAUGAAACUCUACAUCUGUGAAAUGGCCAUGGCAUUAGACUAUUUACAGGGGCAGCACAUUAUCCACAGGGAUGUCAAGCCUGACAACAUUCUUCUUGAUGAGCAAGGUCAUGCGCAUCUGACAGAUUUCAACAUAGCAACAAUUAUUAAAGAUGGAGAAAGAGCAACUGCUUUGGCUGGAACAAAGCCAUACAUGGCUCCAGAGAUCUUUCACUCCUUUGUCGAUGGUGGGACCGGAUACUCGUUUGAGGUAGAUUGGUGGUCACUAGGAGUCACUGCUUAUGAACUUCUUCGAGGAUGGAGACCCUAUGAUAUCCAUUCCAGUGUUACCGUUGAAUCUCUCAUUCAAUUAUUCAGUACAGUCAGUGUACAAUACACCUGUACUUGGACAAAGGAGGUUGUUACUUUGCUAAGAAAGUUACUUACUGUCAAACCAGAGCAUCGUCUUUCCAGCCUUUCAGAUAUUCAGAGCUGCUCUUACUUAUCAGAUGUCAGCUGGGAUUCUGUCCACCAGAAGAAGAUGGAGCCUGGCUUCGUUCCAAACAAAGGUCGGCUGCACUGUGACCCCACCUUUGAGCUGGAAGAAAUGAUUUUAGAAUCCAAGCCACUGCACAAGAAGAAGAAAAGGUUGGCAAAGAACAAGUCGAGAGACAACAGCAAGGAUAGCUCGCAGUCAGAUAAUGAGUAUCUGCAAGAGUGUCUAGAAGUAGUGAGACAAGAGUUCAUGAUCUUCAACAGAGAAAAGGAGAAAAAUCAGUGCAAGGUUUUACCAAGAUCAAAACCAACUGUGUGGACUGGCAGCUGUCUACCUUUUAGAAAAUGGUUAAAAAAGAGGUCAGAGGAACCGACAACCUCCGUGUCCAAGACUGAGGAAAAGCCAGAAGCAACUGCUGAAGAUGAAAGUGGAAACCUGCACAUGUGUAGUUCAGUGUGUUCUUCAACGAGCAGUAGCUAGGACUGAAUGGUCAGGCUGCUCGAUCCAUCUGUCUUAAUGUUUCUCAGGCUGCUUCACUGGGCUUCUUAACAAAGCUAUCAAUAGCAUUUGGGGUUGGGGGGGGGGGGGGGGGAGGUUGGAAGAAACUCAUCCAUGGGACAACCUCUGGAUAUCUAGUGAACUAAAACAAAACACAUUGCCUAGUGAAUUUAUUUCAUGUGUUGACAAAACUAAAGCACUGGAAAAUAGAGAGGUUGAUUCUCUUAACAACUAAAUGAUAGAUAUUCUCUAUGCAACCAAAUAAUGGCACAUUAUGUCAUCAAUUUAACAGAAUGUUGGAUGUCCGAAACCAGUUAAAUCUGUAUUUCUUAUUUAGUUUUUUUGUGCUUUGUUAAUGCCUUGCUAUUAGUAUGUGAAAAUCUUUAAAUUCAAUGGUCUUUACUAAUCAAACGUAACCUUCAUAGACAUUUGACAUUAAAUCAUUUUAUUUACAAUCAUUUUAUUAGAACAAAGAAAAUUAUAAAAUAUUGUUGGAUUAUAUUAUCGUACAAUAGGAAUAAUUACAUUUGUUUCUAUAGCUUCAGGAUCUUUCAUACAGGGUGGGAGGGGAAUCACAGACUGACGGAUUUUAUGUGUAAAUAUUGACAGCAUUGUUGUGUUUCCACAGUUUUAUGUGGAGAGCUUUGAUAGGAAAAAGUAUUAUUAAACCAAAUUUUCAUACGAAAGCUUACACUAUUUCCAAAAAAGUUUCAAAUGUGCAGGCACAACAAGUGGGCAAGGAGGCCAAAGCUUUUAUAGCACUGACAUUUUCAUUUAUAACAUGCAAUUAGCUAUACAUCUUUAACAUACUACUAAAUGGCUUCAAAUUAUAUUGGUAUUCGAUUUGUUACAUAUAUUGUACACUAUCACUUUAAAUAACAUGCAGCUUGAUGAGCUGCAAAAUCUAUUAGCAAAGUAGGAACAAUUAAUACAGUACAAUAACUGAUAUUUGGUAUAACAGCUGCUUUUACAGUAGGUAUAAUAGGUCGUAAAAAAGAGAACAUCUGAGAUUUGAAGUGACAGGUGGAAAUUUCAGUCAUUGAAGUUUGCAAAACACAAUGCACUGAUACUACAUUUUUGUACACUCUGAUUUUACGAACUCUUUCUAAGACAACAGCGCAACUCAGAGUGAUUGAAAAUGGCCGACACAGGAAUGUAGUAUAUGAAUGCUGGUGUUCAUGUACAAACUUUGCUGAUGGCAAUGUCUGCCUUGGAAUGUCAGUAAUCAUGUGGCUCAAUUUACUUGAAGAUAACCGUCAUGAUUAAUUGCAAAUUAUUAACUGCAUUUGAAGAAAAACCUACUGGAUGUAUUCAAAUGUUAUUUAUGUAUUUUUGUUGCAUGGAUAAUGCAUUGUUUUGGACUGAAUCAUAGUCCUUGAAAAUGUGUGCAAUGUAAAGGAACUUUUCAAGAAAAGGUUGUAUCUCUGUAGUACUGAGAUGUUGAAUUUUUAAUAUUUAAAGACUUGGCGCAUGAUUCCAGUUUCUUGCUGUAAUGGGGAAUAAAAACUUGGAAAUAAAUUUGUUCUUGUACAUAACAGUAA